AUGGAGGAGCAGGAGGAAGCGGGGGAGGAAGUGGUGGACGUGCCGAGCUGGCUGUGGGGGGGGAUGGGGAUGGGGCGCUACGCGGCGGCGUUCGAGGCGCACGAGGUGGAUGCUGAGGUGCUCCCCUGGCUCAGUAUGGACGACCUCCGGGACAUGGGCAUUGGUGCCGUCGGAGCACGCCGCAAGCUCUUCUGUGCCAUCCAGAGGCUCACUUCGCAGCUGCCGCCACGGAGGUGA